AUGGAAACCAAAUCCCCAAAUCCCCCCGGAAACCACCAGCCCCACCGCUCUAUACCCAUCAACAUCGACCACAACAAUACGCAUAAUAAUCUCCAAAACCAAUGCUCUCUAUCCCAAAACCAAUCUUCUUCUUCUUCUUCUUCUUCUUCAUUUGUCACAAUCAACAAGCACAAUAAUAGUAACUAUUUCCCUCUCUUGGUGAUCAACUUCAUUUUCCUCUUUGUGGGUUCCGUUUCUUCAAGUUUGCUCUCCAAGUACUAUUUCAUCCACAAAGGCUCAAGCAUAUGGGUCUCAACGUGGGUCCAAUCCGCCGGAUUCCCUCUCCUUUUCCUCCCCAUUUUCCUUCCAUAUUACCUUCUCAAAUCCACCCAAAGAAAGCCUUUCUGUCGCUUCACCCCAAGACUCUUCCUUCUCUCUCUCCUCAUCGGCCUUCUCUUAGGCCUUAACAACCUCCUCUUCUCAUGGGGAAACUCCUAUCUGCCCGUCUCAACCUCGUCCCUUCUUUUAUCCUCCCAAUUAGCCUUCACCCUUAUCCUUUCCGUCAUAAUUGUCAAACAAAAAAUCACUUUCUCAAACCUCAACUGCGUUGUUCUUCUAGUCACGAGCUCAUUUCUCUUGGCCUUAGGCUCAAGCCAUGACAAGCCACAAGGCCUGACCAAAUCCAAGUACUUUCUAGGGUUUGCCUCGACCGUUGGGGCGGGCUUGCUGUUUGCUCUCUACUUGCCCGUCAUGGAGAUGAUAUACCGCAAGGUCUACUGCUACGCCAUGGUGGUGGAAAUGCAGCUUCUGAUGGAGGUCGCCGCCACCGCCCUCGCCACCAUAGGGAUGGCGGUGGACGGCGGGUUCUCGGCGAUGAGGGAGGAGAGCCUGAGGGUUUUCGAUAAGGGCCCCGCGGGGUAUUGGGCCGCGGUUUUUUCGAACGUGGUGACGUGGCAGCUUUGCUUUUUGGGGACCGCCGGGAUGGUGUUCAUGACGACGUCGUUGACGGGCGGCAUUUGCAUGACGGCGCUGAUGGCCAUGAACGUGCUGGGAGGAGUGGUGGUGUAUGGCGAUAAGUUUGGAGGUGUGAAGGCCGUGUCCACUGCGCUCACUUUAUGGGGCUUUUGUUCCUACGUGUAUGGCAUGUACAUUAAAAUGAAAGAGGAGAAAAAUGACACCAUCAUCAACAACAACGGCAACUUUCAUGAUCAUCAUGAUCAUCACACCAAUGCUAGCCGCCAAGGCAUGGAAAUGGCUCCUAUGGUAGACAUCAAUGAUCGCGUCUGA